AGUAAACUUUUGUGUUCUGCUUUUCAACUUUUGAAACUUUGGACUUCAAAAUAUGGCCAAAGUGCAGUGAUGUACGAUUGAAAGUAAAGUCUAUUAACAUUUUAUUGAAGAAUGCAUGUAGCUAGUAUUAUAUUUAUUCAAUUUAAGUAAUGGCUCUUAAGGGAAUCAAGGUAAUUGAACUAGCAGGCUUGGCCCCUGCUCCAUACUGUGGACUCAUUUUGUCAGACUUUGGUGCCAAUGUGAUACGUGUGGACAAGACAAAGACCGCAGACAAUAUUGAUAAGUUGUGUCGAGGAAAAAGGUCGAUAGCAAUAGAUUUAAAGAAUCAAUCAGGUGUAAAUACUUUGAAGAGAUUAUGCGGCUCUGCAGAUGUUUUAAUAGAACCAUUCAGGAAAGGUGUAAUGGAGAAACUUGGUUUGGGACCUCGAGAACUCCUUUCAGAUAAUCCUAGACUGAUUUAUGCAAGACUGACAGGGUAUGGCCAGUCAGGAGUGCUUUCAGAACGUGCUGGUCAUGACAUCAACUACCUUGCCAUCUCAGGUGUACUGUCAAGACUUGGGAGGAAAGAUGGUAAUCCCCACCCCCCUGUCAAUUUAUUGGCAGACUUUGCUGGGGGAGGUCUCACUUGUGCCUUAGGUAUUGCAAUGGCAUUAUUUGAAAGAAGCAACUCAGGUAAAGGCCAAGUGAUAGAUGCCAACAUGGUGGAGGGAGCAGCAUAUAUAGCUUCUUUCUUAUGGGCAACAAAACUUGGUGGUUUAGUCCAAGGUGGCCCAAGGGGAACAAAUAGACUUGAUGGUGGAGCUCCAUUCUACAACACAUAUUGCACUAAAGAUGGCAAAUACAUUGCAGUGGGAGCCCUUGAACCAAAGUUCUAUGCUCAGUUUAUUAAAGGUCUUGGGUUAGAUCCAGAUGAAGCAUUCCAAAUGAAUAAUUUUGAUGAAAUGCGAGAUAAAUUCUCGAAAAUAUUCGCCACUAAGACCCGCGAUGAAUGGAGCGCCAUAUUUGACGAUACAGAUGCAUGCGUGACACCAAUUCUCGAAAUGGAUGAAGCAGCUAAUCAUCCCCAUAACACUUCAAGAAAUUACUUCAAAGUUGAUAAAGAUGGCGCUCAUUUUCCUGGGCCUGCUCCAUCUCUUUCACGAACCCCUGCAACUGUGAAAACAACACACCAGCCCUCAGUGGGAGAACAUACACUUGAGGUGCUCAUGGAGGCAGGUUUUAAAUCAGAGGAAGUGGAACAGUUAGCUACACAAGGUGCUAUAGAGCAAUGUAAACCUGAGUCAAAACUCUAGGAUUUUAGGAGAAAUACUGGAAAGGACAUUUCAGAAGGUUCACUCAUAGUGGGGCCAUUUUUGCAAUUUUUCAAAGUUGGACUGCAUUGCUCUCAGAAAAGUAAAUCUCCAGAAC